GUUUUGUGUAUUUUCCAAUUAAUUUAAUAUAUCAACAUGACAGAUGAAAAGAAGGGUGAAAGUGAACACAUCAAUCUGAAAGUGUUGGGUCAAGACAAUGCCAUUGUCCAGUUCAAAAUUAAGAAACACACAUCCCUCAGAAAACUUAUGAACGCCUAUUGUGAUAGAGCGGGUCUAUCAAUGCAAGUAGUAAGACUCAGAUUUGAUGGACAGCCCAUCAACGAGAAUGAUACACCUAAAUCACUUGAAAUGGAAGAAGGUGACACAAUAGAAGUAUACCAGCAGCAGACGGGAGGAAGAGUAGUGUAAUUGUUAAUUUAAGUAACUGUCUAAUUAAACCUUUACAAUAAGUUUAUUUUAUAUCUGUAAGAUGUGAACAUUUGUUUUGAUCAGAUUUGGACUGUUCAAUGCAAAACUUGAUUUGCAUUGAUAAUAUAGAGGCGAACCAAAUGACAUUUCUGUAAGAGUAUAGGGCAU